AUGCUCGACCCGUUCUGCUUUCUGAAGAUGUAUCUGAAGGAGAGGGUGGAGGUCAAGACGAAGAGUGGAGAGGCAUACACAGGAACUCUGGAGGGAUUUGACGAGCACAUAAAUCUGAUGCUGACAUGCUCCUCUGUCGAGGGCUCCGAGGACAAGGUGCUGUUUCUGAGGGGAGAAAACAUUCUCUUCGUCGGCCCGAGGCUGCUUCUCUAG